CGGCUCGCGUCUCCAUAGAGCUGGACGAGGCGACAGAAGAGCCUUGUACACGUCCACGAGGCAACUAAAGUGUUGCCGUGACGACGCGAGAGAGAGGGAGGGAGAGAGACAGAUAGAGAGGGAGAGAGAUAGAGAGGGAGAGGAAAGAGAGAGAGAGAGAAGCAACUCAAGCUGCCCGGGACUUUCAUAGAAGAAGAAAAAAAACGCCACACAAAAGACUCGAAGCAUUUCUCUUUCUUUUUUUUUUUUUAAAAAAAAAAGAAGAAAACAAAGAACAACCGAGAAGUUUGACGUUAUUUCUACGGAGCAAAAAAAACAACAACAACAACAACAAACCGAUAUGAUGACUGACUUCUAAGCGAAAAGCCACCGGGAGACCCUCGGAGGGACCUUCUUCUUCCUCUCACCCAACAAAAAAAAAGACACAAAGACACAAAGAGUGCAAGAAGAGCGUUUGGCCCGCGCAGCCAUGGACUCGGGGAAGCAAAUAACGUUCACGCUGAUGUUGAGUGUCGGAGCGGCCGUGAUUGGCUCCCUGCAGUUCGGCUACAACACCGGAGUCAUCAAUGCCCCUCAAAAGGUCAUUGAGAAGUACAUCAAUGAGACGUGGUUUGAGCGAUACGAGGAGCCCAUCAGCAAAGGCUCCCUCACCGCCAUCUGGUCCGUCUCCGUCGCCAUCUUCUCUGUUGGGGGCAUCUUCGGCUCCUUCUCCGUCGGCCUCUUUGUCAACCGCUUUGGAAGGAGGAACUCGAUGCUCAUGGCCAACAUCCUGGCCUUCAUCGCAGCCAUCCUGAUGGGCUUCUCGAAGAUGGCGAGCUCCUGGGAAAUGCUGAUCGCUGGUCGUUUUGUGGUGGGCCUCUACUCCGGCCUCUCCACAGGCUUCGUGCCCAUAUAUGUGGGGGAGGUUUCCCCAACGGCCCUCCGCGGAGCCCUGGGCACCUUCCACCAGCUGGGCAUUGUCGUCGGCAUCCUCAUUGCACAGGUGUUUGGAAUGGAGGCCAUCAUGGGCAACGACGACUUGUGGCCGCUCCUUCUGGGCUUCACCUUCCUCCCCGCGGUGAUACAGUGCAUCCUGCUGCCUCUCUGCCCCAAGAGCCCCCGUUUCCUGCUCAUCAACAAGAACGAAGAGAACAAGGCCAAGGCCGUGUUGAAGAAGCUCAGAGGCACCACGGACGUGAGCUCCGACAUGCAGGAGAUGAAGGAGGAGAGCCGGCAGAUGAUGAGGGAGAAGACGGUGACCAUCCUGGAGCUUUUCCGCUCGCCACUCUACCGCCAGCCCCUCCUGAUCGCCGUCGUCCUGCAGCUCUCCCAGCAGCUGUCUGGCAUCAACGCUGUAUUCUACUACUCCACUCGUAUCUUUGAGAAAGCCGGAGUUGAGCAGCCCGUCUAUGCCACCAUUGGAGCCGGUGUCGUGAACACUGCGUUCACUGUGGUGUCGCUGUUUGUUGUCGAGCGUGCGGGACGCCGCUCUCUGCACCUGCUGGGGCUGCUGGGAAUGGCCGGAUCUGCCGUCUUGAUGACGAUUGCCUUGGCUCUGUUGGACCAGCUCAAAUGGAUGUCGUAUUUGAGCAUCGUGGCCAUCUUCUCCUUCGUGGCAUUCUUUGAGAUGGGACCGGGUCCCAUCCCCUGGUUCAUCGUGGCCGAGUUGUUCUCGCAGGGACCCAGACCCUCUGCCUUCGCUGUGGCUGGUUUCUCCAACUGGACUGCUAACUUCAUAGUGGGAAUGGGCUUCCAGUAUGUGGAGGAGCUGUGCGGCCCCUACGUCUUCAUCAUCUUCACCGUGCUGCUGCUCCUGUUCUUCGUCUUCACCUUCUUCAAAGUGCCGGAGACCAAGGGUCGGACGUUCGACGAGAUCUCGGCCGGCUUCCGCCGGUCGGCCGGCGGCAGAGCGGAAAAGCACUCGCCGGAGGAGCUCAACAGCCUGGGAGCCGAUUCUCAGCUCUGAGUGACUCUUAACUUCUAACGAGCUCUUCCUCAGACCGAGGAGGUCUACCAACUAGAAGUAGACACAGCCAUUGGUAGAGUAGUUUUCACACUGUCACCACAUUUCGGGCAUUCUUACCAAAACGAACAGCCCCGUGUGAUUCUCCUACAUGACGUCCUCUGCUGCCCCCCUCAGGUCACACAAACUCAAUGGGCACUAUGUCGCCCGGUGUGGAGAGGGGGAGUCGAGGAUAGACGGGGAAGUUUUUAAAAAAAAUAUUUUAAAGAUAUUUUAAAGGAAAAUCAAUCAAACUCCCUUUUUUUAAAUUUUUUUUUAAAAAUAUUUUUUAUUUUCACUGAACAUAUAUAUAUAUAUAACUGAUAUGUGCUUAUGCUCUGUUCUUUGUAGCCUGUUACCAUACAGUCAGUUUGUCACUAUCUGGUUCAAGCGCCACCGCUGCUGUAGUUCACUGUGCGAAACACGUGUUCAACCAUACUGUAAAGCUGUAUCACUGUAGACGGCAGCGCUGGAGAUGCUGCACAGCUCGGCGCCGUCUCUCCCCACCAGAUGGGGCACUGCCCUAAAGAAAAGAAGAAAAAAGGUCCCAAUGCGCCACCGAUGUGAAAUAACUUAUUUGUACCUUUUUUUUUUUAAGUUACUGAGUACACAAACUGUGAUCAGUGCACUGCUGUGAGGAUUUAAACCUCCCUAAUGAAAUUAGCCGCUCCGCACAUUAUACGGUGUUGUUACUUAUUUUACUCUUGCUGGACAAUAUUUUACUUAGUGAAAAUGUUUUUAGAUUUAUGUCCACGAAGACAGUGAGAUAUCAAGAAAUUAUUCCACCAUUUAUGUAUUUUUACUCUCUUUUUUAGCAGUACAAUUGAUGAAAGGAAUAUUGACACAUCUGCACAGACCGGAGUAGGAUGAAUAAAUCAUCCAUUUUACCGUAACAAGAGAUAAGUACGCAGUCACAAUCGGCAGCCACAAAAACCAAAACAUAAAUCCGUCUCACAGAAAACGAACAUUUGUGAGAUGAUGUUCCCCUCUGAAACAAUAGAGCCUCCUCAGCCUUUACAGCCUCCUCAGCCUUCACAGCCUUCACAGCCUUCACAGCCUUCACAGCCUUCACAGCCUUUACAUCCCAGAGGAGCGGUUUAAGGUCAGGUCGGCCUGAUCCAGACUGAAAGCUUCUGUCGACGGAUGAUCUUCACUUUAACUAUUUCUGAGCCGACAUUACCUGUAGAGCGACCCGAAGUCGCUCGAGAGACGGGGUCUUUUUCACUCAAUGCUGGAGGCAGACAGGAAAACAACAACAACAACAACAACAACAAAGACAUAACGGGGGACCAAAGGGAAUGUCGGCCUUUUUGGAUGGUUUUCAAUAUCCUGAAAGUGCUCGUCCGUCUUGGGUCAAACCCCCGUCGUUCCUUAAUGUGUCCCAAAGGAGGUGGACGCACAUCGCUCUGCUGAAGGCUCGUUUUUUUUUUAUAUCUUUUUUUUUUGGAGGAACGUUAUCAUUUUUUUUUUUUUUUUUUUUUUUUUUUUUUACAGCACUUUAUUUCUCAGAUAUUUUCUUUGUCGUUUUUCUUUUUCUUUUUUUUUUUUUACUCCCAGUGUGGAACCGUUGUUGCUGAAAGAGAAGAGGCUACUUGAUGCUUUGGAAAUGGAAAUGUGUGAAACGGUGUCAUUUGUUCAUAUCUAUUACGGUCUUGCAAAUUGAAUCUAAUGAGGACUUUGCUCCAAAUUUAACUCAGUAGUCCAGAAUCCAUUUGAAUCAUUCCAUAUUUGGUUUGUUAAUUAUUGUACAUAGCAUAUCCUUAUUUUUGUCAUUUGACGGGUCGCCUCACCCUCCCCUGGAAACCACUGUAACAUCCACUUUUUGUGCCUUGUGUCAUAUCCUCACCAGCAAAAAUCAUAAAAUGGCACCAAAUGAUGUCCUUCCCAACGCAGACGGAUGUCUGUUGCAAAUAUCAAAACUAUAUUUUAUGUACAUUUCUGCUCGGGCAUUUUAAUUGUAGUCUUUGAAAUCUCCCGAUUGGGACACACAACACGAUGUAAAUAUGAAACACACUACAGCCUCACCCACUCCAAAUUUAUAAAAUAUUUAACUUUAAGAAACAUUUUUCAUAUAGAUAAAUUAAUGAUUAGUAAUGUAGUGCUUUUAGCAUCCAUACUUACUACUGUUCACUUUUGAUUUUAUACCUGAAGUCAUGUUGUGGCCUAAAUAACAGCAUAUUCAUUUUAAUUCAGAUUUUAUAUAGACGAGUUCAGUAUAAUCUUUUCAUUUUAGUGCACAGAGUAUUCUAAAGUUUGUAAUAAUAAAAAAACAUCUGCGUGUAUGGUUUUUGGAUAUUGGAAAUAUGAAUUGAGAUGGAGGAUGUCCUGAACGGGUUUUACAGUCUUGUGUAAGUGGUUUAAAGCUAAAUAAAAGAAGUCAUGCAUUCAGA